AUGGCUCAGAAGGGAGCGUUGGAUAAUGAAGGGAGCCCACAGAGAACUGUGUUGGAAGUGGCUAAGCUGACCAACGCCCUCAAUGGGACGAGGUACUGUCCUCCGAUACCACAGGGAGAGGAGGAAAGGAAGUUGGACCCUUUUAAUGGUAUGUUGGCACCAGUUAGUCUACGGAAGCACUUUGGCAAGGGUCAUCCCGACUUCUCGACCUCAUCACAGCAGGAUGCAGCGGAAUAUCUGCUUUAUUUCCUGGACAAGUUGGAUCGAGCGGAACAAGCUUCAACAAGCUCGGCAUCCUUCCAUGAUGGCUUGACUCUGAGUAGUGAUGAAUUUGGUUAUGUUAUAGAGGACCGGUUAGAGUGUACUAAAUCUGGGACUGUGAGGUACUCAAGACGGCGGGAGAAUCUAUUCCCCUUGGUAGUGAGCAUGGAUGAUGCUGUUGGGGAGGCUAAGAGGCUGAAGACUGAUGAUGAUAAAGAGGAGGAGGAAGGGUCGUCGCCGCCUCCAGUGGUGCCCUUUGAGGCCUGUUUGAAGAGGACCAUGGCCCCUGCUAAUGUGGAGGGUUUCCGCAGCCCGGCUUUGGGAGGAGAGUUGGUCACAGCAGUGAAGAACUUCACUUUCGUCACGAUGCCGCAGUACUUGGUGGUACAAGUGUCGAGAUAUUAUGUGGAUCCAUCAUGGCAGUUGGCUAAGCUCAACUGUUCGGUACCUAUGCCGAUGGAGUUGAACAUGGAGCGGUAUCAUAAUAAGAGCCCAGGCAUGCAACCAGGCGAGAAGCCCAUGCCCGAUUCGAACCCGGGCCCGACAGCUACUACUACUAAUACGGUGGUAGAGGCUGAUGAGGAGAUAGUGGUAAUGCUGAUGUCCAUGGGAUUUGAUAUGGACCAGUCUAAGAGGGCAUGCUUAAAGGUUGGCAAUAGUUCCGCCGACGCUGCCGCCUCAUGGUUGAUGGAGCAUAUGGAUGAUCCACCUACUCCUACUAAUGCUGAGGGAGAGGCCACUACUAUAGAGGACAAUGCAGAUGCUGUGGUUAUGCUUACCUCGAUGGGCUUCAGUGAUAGGCAGGCUAAGGCGGCUCUUAAGGCUACUAGUAACAAUGUGGAAAGAGCUGCUGACUGGUUAUUCUCUCGUACUGAUGACCUUGAUGCUGCAGUUGAGGGAGUUGGAGAGGAGGCAAGUGAGAAUAUGAAGGGGCCUUCAACAGAGGAGAGGUUAAUGGCUAAGGACGGUAUUGGAGAAUAUGACCUUGUUGGGUUCAUCAGCCAUGUUGGGAGGAACGUAUCCCAUGGUCAUUAUGUGUGCCAUAUGCUGAAGGACAUGGGACCAGGGGAGGCAAAGAAAUGGGUAAUCUUUAACGAUGAGAAGGUGGCAGUGAGUGCGGAUCCACCCUUUGAUCUUGGUUACAUCUACCUCUAUAAGCGACGACGCCAGCUCUCGUCAGCCAAUUGA